GGUCUCUGUUGGAUGCUCGGCACCGUUGUCUAUGUCUCGGCGUGCCCUUCGCCGAGCCCGCUGACAUCGGCGCAGAUCAACAGCAUACAUACGAGUUCCAGAAACUGCAUCCGCCCACUCCGGGCUCCGGAGGAGCACUCGCACCCAAGAAGCCUGGUGCUGCGCUCCCGCGAGCUCGCGUCUCGCGGAGGCGCACGCGCGUAGAACACAGUCGACAGCCUCCAUCACCGCCGGCGUGCACGCAUCUCGCCAGCGCAACCCGCGAUGCAGCUGCAUAUCACAGCAGCAUGUACGCGAGCUUCAGUUCACACCGCGUCCUGUGCAGCAGCCCUUCUCAGACUCAGACACGGUGCCGGCCUCGCUUGCAGUACCGCCCCCCGCCGAUUCGCCCGUCAGGCUGAGCUCGAAAGCGGAGGGAAAGAGAGGCGAAUCGGAAGACGCACCCCAGAAUCAGUGAUCCACACAGCAGGUCCAGGCCCGACUGCUCGCUCCCCCUCGCCGAGGCGUGCCGUGUCGCCUGUCGUCGGAGAGGGGGGCACCAUGAGGCGACGGGACGUCUGACGGCGGCGGACAUUGGGUGGGGGUUUGGGAGGCAGAUUCGGGUAUAGGCUCGCUCGCGCAGACUUGUCUAAAGGCUAGGCAAAGGGAUGAUGGCAUGCGACUGCAUACAGUCGGCGGGCGUGUGGCGGCACUGAGCCGCUGUCUUGGUCGGCGCAGCUGUGGUCUCGUGCGUGGGGGUUCUGGCCUGGAACAGGUGCUGCGACGGCGGCAGGGAGGGGCUUGGGUCGUGUGCCGACGAGGGAGUGGAUGGGCGACCAAACUGACGAACGUAUUGCGUGCACUCGGCCGGACGGGGCGGCCGUGUAUGUAUGCAGUCAAGCCGGGAGACAGAGGAUCGAAAGGAGAUGGGCUGCUAUUUACAGGCGUUGUUGUUUGAGUUGAAACGGGUGACUGAACGCUAUUCGGGCUAUUAUAGACUCUCAGCGCAGUGACGGAAGCAGAUCUGGCCGAUCGUCUGGGAGCCUGGCAGGCGUCUACGCAUGGGUGAUGGCGAGCCGGCCGCAGCGCUUGCCAAAUUAGGGCAGAUAUCGUACCAUAUCUGGGAUUCGCACCCGCGGCCAGAUGCGGCAAGCUCGGCG